AUGCGCGCGCUGACGGGGUCGUGCGCGUUCCGCGCGCGCGCGUCCGCGCGCCGCGGCGACCAGUCCGGAACGUCGUCGUCGUCGUCGUCGUCGUCGUCACGACCACCGCGACCGCCGCGCCGCGCGGAGGCGAGCGACGAGCGACGACUCGAGCUCGACCGUCGCUCGUGGACGCUGAUCGCCGCGACAACGAUCGCGCUCUCGCGGUCGACGACGCCGACGCGCGCCGCGCUCGCGUACGGCCUGAACAAGCCGCCGCCGUCCAACGACGGAGGGUUCUUCGGCCUCGGCGCGUCGGAGAAGCCGCGGCGGAGCUACGCCGAGAUCAUGGCCGCGAGGGAGGAGGCGGAGAGAAGGCGGGAGGAGCUCGAGGCGGAGGCGAACCCGGGCGUUCUGGUCACGAUGGACAGCGGGCUGCAGUAUCGAGAGAUGGACGAGGGCAGGCCGAGCGGCAAGGUCGCGGCCAAGGGCGACGAGAUGUUCGUGCUGUACAAAGUCUUUCGACUCGCCCCGGGGGCGUACUUCAAGUACAGCAGCGGCGGGACGCCGAUCUUGAUGUUCUCGCAGGGGUACGGAUACGAAGGCCAGGACGACGUCGGCGAGCCGUACGUCUUCGCGCUGGGCUCCGACGGGAUGCCUCGAGGCGUCUCGCCCGCAUUGUACGGGAUGCGAGAGGGCGGGAAGCGAAGGAUACUCGUGCCCCCCAACGCGGGGUGGGUGAACGACGACGUGAAACCGAGAGCGCCGUCGUUCGGCGCGAGUCGGCGGCUCGCGAACCACCGCGAGGAGCCGCUGCUCGUGGAGGUGGACGUGUUGAGGAUACGUAAAGCGAACGAGCCGGCGAGCGGGGAGGAGGACGACGACAUCUCGGACGCGGCGGACGGCGGGCUGGGGUUCAAGCUCCCGGCGCCGCCGUCGCCGUUCCGGGACAGGCUCGGGGAGACGCGGGAGACCGCGGAGGCGAGCGGCGACGCGGGCGCGGGCGAGGUCGAGGACGAGCCGCUCGCGGUGUGA